GCUUCCUCUGGAUUGUUGCGUUGUUGAUCGGCUGGGGUGAGUCUCCAUUUGCCUGCAACUUCGAGAUGGGGGAGGCUGGUUGAGGAUCGCAGCUUAAGAUGGCCGUGAGCUCUGCGCCCCUCUGGCUCCUGGUGCUACUGGCGAUCGCCCAGUGGGAGAGUUCCGUUGGCGCCUCCUCCCACUCCAUGAAGUAUUUCUACACCUCCAUCUUGGACCCCAGUCAGGGGCAGCAGCCCCACUUUGUCUUUGUGGGGUACGUGGACGAUCAGGUCUUUGUUCACUACGACAGCCACAGCCGGAGGGAGCAGCCUCGAGCCUCCUGGAUGGAGAAGUUGGGGAAGGACAACCCCCAGUACUGGGACAGAAACACCGAGAUACUUCGUGGCCAAGAGGAGAUGUCCAGAGACCACCUGGAGACUCUGAGGAGUCGCUACAAUCAGAGCGAAGGCCUUCACACAUUGCAGUGGAUGGUUGGCUGUGAGCUCCGAGGAGACGGGAGCAAAGGAGGAUUUUGGCAGUAUGGCUACGAAGGGAGGACCUUCCUCACCUUCGACAAGGAGCUCCUCACCUGGGUGGCUCCCGACCCCCAGGCCCAGAUCACCAAGAGGAAAUGGGACGCUAUUCCAGGAUAUAAUCCAUACUGGAAGUCCUACCUGGAGGAAAUCUGCAUUGAGUGGCUGGAGAAGCAGUUUUCCAAUGGGAAUGAGACACUGCAGAGGACAGAGACCCCAAAGGUGACAGUGAGCAGCCGGGCAGAGGUGGAGGAUGGGAUGGAGACGCACAUCUGCCGCAUGGAUGGCUUCUACCCCAAGGAGAUCGAUGCCUCCUGGAGGAGGGAUGGGGAGGUAUGGCUGGAAGAGACCUUCCAUGGGUCUGUGGCCCCCAACGCGGAUGGGACCUACCACUACUGGCUCAGCAUCCGGAUCGACCCCAAAGAGAGGAGCCGCUAUCGGUGCCACGUGGAGCACGACGGCCUGCAGGAGCCUCUGGACUUGGAGCUGAAGGAACCAUCCAAUUCAAAAUCCAACCUGGGGCUCAUCAUUGGCUGCAUUGUGGCUGCCCUUGUCCUGGCCUGUGCAAUUGCUGGGAUCCUGGUAUUCUUCAAGAGACGUCAAACCAACUACAAUGCAGCACCAACAAGUGACAGAGGAUCCAGCAAUUCAAACCAGGGAAGCAGCCGGGUCAUUUAGCAGCCUCCUCCCAGCGACAACAACCCUGUGAGGUGAUCUGGGCUGAGAGGGAG